UCUGUCAUACUAUCCUUUCCCCACUGCAGACAGGCAUCUCACCGGGCAGCCUCCACACGUCACGUGCCGGGGCCCUGAGCGUGAUGACAACAAAGAUGGCGGCUCCCAUAGGAAGGUUGACGAGUAACGCAGUGAAGUUUGGUGUAAGGUUUUAUCGCCCUGCAAGAAGUGCGCUUUCUUUCGCUCGAACGCAAACAGUUUACCCAUUUUCACCAAGGAAACAUAAUUUGCCAUUCAAAGUAUUCCUUAAUCCAGCACGAUGUAUGUUUAUCCAGACACAGGAUACCCCAAACCCCAACAGUGUAAAGUUUAUCCCUGGAAGAGCAGUUCUAGAAGCAAGAACUAUGGAUUUCCCAACCCCAGCCACUGCUUACUGCUCCCCUCUUGCUAGACAUCUUUUUAGAGUUGAAGGGGUGAAAAGCGUCUUCCUUGGGCCAGAUUUCAUUACGAUCACAAAGGAAAGUGAAGACAUAGACUGGAACAUUAUAAAGCCUGACAUAUAUGCAACCAUAAUGGACUUCUUCUCUUCUGGCUUGCCUAUAGUGACAGAGGAUGCUCCUCGCAGUGAGACAGCUGCAACAGAGGAUGAUGAUGAAGUGGUCGCAAUGAUCAAAGAACUUCUAGAUACGAGGAUCAGGCCUACAGUCCAAGAAGAUGGUGGCGAUGUCCUCUACCGAGGGUUCCAGGAUGGAGUUGUACAACUGAAACUACAAGGCUCCUGCACAAGUUGCCCAAGUUCAAUUAUAACACUUAGAAGUGGCAUUCAAAAUAUGCUGCAGUUCUACAUCCCAGAGGUAGAGGGUGUAGAGCAGGUGACUGAUGAUGAAGAUGAUAUUGGAAAAGAACCGGCUUCUUCCUGAAUGUCCCUUCUCUCUUUGUCACAUCACUGCGGGUUGUCUCUGCCAUGUAUUUAUUGUGAGACUUCUUUGCUAUGGUUUUCUUUCCAGAUUUUUUAUUUAACUGUAGAAAAUUACAAGAGCGGACUCUGCUGUUCAUUCACAUAUAUGCAUAUUUUAAUUUUCUGUAUAUGCAGUGAUCUAUGUGUUUAUGUUGCUGUAUUUAUCAUAAAGUUGGAUAAUAAAAUGUAAUAUGUAUGUA